GGCUGUAAUUGUAGGAGGUUAUUGUUGAUACUGAAGCUCUAGAACUCAGCACAUCACCAGUGCUCUCUGCCCUUAGUGCUGUCUGGGUCACGUGUUCAGCUCAGCGAGGACUGAGGUGGCCUCACAGGUGUUCUGGAGAUGGUCUUUCCUCCCAGAGAUCCCUGUGGUACAUCCUGUCGGGGAGGGCCCUGCAAGGUAUAAGAAGGAAAGAUGUUGAGGAGAACAGGAGAUGGAGAAAGCAAGUGUAAGAGAGUCCAUUGCUCCGUCCACAGUGGAGACUGGCACAGAGAACCCGGGGCUGGAGCUCAUGGAAACAGAAGUAGAGCCUGAGGGAAGCAAGAGGACUGAUGCACAAGGAUACAGCCUGGGGGAUGGACUGGGCCCUCCCACUCACCAGAGGAGGAGUCAGUGGCCUUUCACCAAAGCAAGAAGUUUCUGCAAAACACACACCAGCUUGUUCAAGAAGAUCCUGUUGGGCCUGUUGUGUUUUGCCUACGCUGCCUAUUUCCUGGCAGCUUGCAUCUUGAAUUUCCAGAGGGCACUGGCCUUGUUUGUCAUCACCUGCUUGGUAAUCUUUGCCCUGGUUCUCCCGUUUCUGAAAAAUCUCCUGGGCAAAAAAUUAACAAGAGGUUUGAAGCCCUUUGAAAACUCCCGCCUGAAGCUUUGGAUGAAAUGGGUGUUUGCAGGAGCCUCCUUGGUUGGCCUUAUACUGUGGCUGGCUCUAGACACAGCCCAAAGGCCAGAGCAGCUCACCUCCUUCGCAGGAAUCUGCAUGUUCAUCCUCAUCCUCUUUGCCUGCUCCAAACACCACAGUGCAGUGUCCUGGAGGGCAGUGUUUUGGGGCCUAGGCCUUCAGUUUGUCUUUGGGAUCUUGGUUAUCAGAACUGAUCUUGGAUAUAACGCAUUUAAGUGGCUGGGAGAGCAGGUUCAGAUUUUCCUGAAUUACACUGUGGCUGGCUCCAGUUUUGUCUUUGGGGAUAUACUGGUGAAGGAUGUCUUUGCUUUUCAGGCCUUACCAAUUAUCAUUUUCUUUGGAUGUGUGAUGUCCAUUCUCUACUACCUGGGCCUUGUGCAAUGGGUAGUUCAGAAGGUCGCCUGGUUUUUGCAAAUCACUAUGGGCACCACCGCCACAGAGACCCUGGCUGUGGCAGGAAACAUCUUUGUGGGUAUGACAGAGGCACCUCUGCUCAUCCGUCCCUACCUUGCGGACAUGACACUCUCUGAAAUCCAUGCGGUGAUGACUGGAGGGUUUGCCACCAUUUCUGGCACUGUGUUGGGAGCCUUCAUAUCCUUUGGGGUUGAUGCAUCAUCCCUGAUUUCUGCCUCUGUGAUGGCUGCCCCUUGUGCUCUUGCCUUGUCAAAACUGGCAUAUCCAGAAGUGGAGGAGUCCAAGUUCAAGAGUGAGGAGGGGGUAAAACUGCCCCGUGGGAAGGAGAGGAAUGUCCUGGAAGCUGCAAGCAACGGAGCCACAGAUGCCAUAGGCCUUGCUGCUAAUGUAGCAGCCAACCUGGUUGCCUUUUUGGCUGUGUUAGCCUUCAUCAAUGCUGCCCUCUCCUGGCUGGGGGAAUUGGUGGACAUACAGGGGCUCACUUUCCAGGUCAUCUGCUCCUAUAUUCUAAGGCCCAUGGUUUUCAUGAUGGGUGUAGAGUGGACAGAUUGUCCAAUGGUGGCUGAGCUGGUGGGAAUCAAGUUCUUCACAAAUGAGUUUGUGGCCUAUCAGCAACUGUCUCAAUAUAAGAACAAACGUCUCUCUGGAGUGGAAGAGUGGAUUGAGGGAGAGAAACAGUGGAUUUCUGUGAGAGCUGAAAUCAUUACAACAUUUUCACUCUGUGGAUUUGCCAAUCUUAGUUCCAUAGGAAUCACACUAGGAGGCUUGACAUCAAUAGUACCUCACCGGAAGAGUGACUUGUCCAAGGUUGUGGUCAGAGCCCUCUUCACAGGGGCCUGUGUAUCCCUUAUCAGUGCCUGUGUGGCAGGAAUCCUCUAUGUCCCCAGGGGAGCUGAAGCUGACUGUGUCUCCUUCCUAAACACAAGUUUCACCAAUAGAACCUACGAGACCUACAUGUGCUGCAGAGGGCUCUUUCAGAGUACUUCUCUGAAUGGCACCAACCCUCCUUCUUUUUCUGGUCCCUGGGAAGACAAGGAGUUCAGUGCCAUGGCCCUUAGUAACUGCUGUGGAUUCUACAACAAUACCAUCUGUGCCUAAGGCUGCUUGAUCCAUUUCCGUAACAGUUUUGAUCUUAACAGCUUUGUGAUGGCAAAGGUGUUUACAUACUCCGGUUUCCCACAACUAACUCAAGAUCUUCAACAAGAAAUGUAAAAGAUUCAUUUUGGUUCGCUGUAUCCCAAUAAUGGAAAGUAGCUUUUGUUUUUCCAUUAUUUGGCUGAACCAAAAAAAUGACAUUCCUCAUGGGCCCUGCCUGAACUUUUAUUUGAAAAAAUAAAUAUUAUGAUAUCAAAAAAAACCUUACAAAUCUUGCUCCUAGUUGCCAUCUUAAAAAUAUGUGAUGCAGUAUGCUAUAAAUGUGAUUUAGUAUGUAAUGUGCCUGGGAUGGGGGAGAAGCUCUAUUUCUUAGCGUUGUGGAUGAGACGGAUUUUUAUUACUGAUGUUACAUUUGAAAGGUAUAUGAAUAUUUAAUAAGACUUUUCUGGUUGUCAAACAUUUGUAAAUCUAAAAACUUCUAAACAUCAUUACAUAGUAAACAAAAAAUACUUCCUGUAUACUCAGGAAGACUUCUAAGGAAUAUGCAGUUCUUAAAGGUCAUUACUUUGUUUUAGUAUUCUGCUUUAGUGCCAGCCACAUUUGCUCCAAGUUUAUGGGGAAUCCUUUAAAACAGUAAUUUUUAGUGGGAAGGGGGCCAAUUUUGCUUUUCAGAAGUUAUCUGACAAUGUCUCCAGACAUUAUUGGUGACUUAAGUGGGAGGAUGCUACUGACAUCUAGUGAGUAGAGGCCAAUAUUGCUGCUAAAAUUCCUAUAACCAAAGGUCAGCCCUCCCACAACAAAGAAUUCUCUGGUCCCAAAUGUCAACAAUGCUGAGACUGAGAAAGUCUGAUUCAAAAUAUUUAUAUUUAUUAUAUUUAAUAUAUUUAUUAUAUCAAUAUUAGAGCCUUAAGGAAGGGUUUCAAAAGGAUAUAGGAGUUCCUCAAAAAGUUAAACACAGAAUUACCAUAUAGCCCCACAAUUCUAUUCCUACAUAUAUAUUCAAAAGAAUUGAAACUAACUUCUCAAACAAGUACAUGUACAUGCAUGUUCACAGUAGCACUAUUCACAACAGCCAAAAAUUGGAAACAGUCUAAAUGUCUAUCAAUAGAUAAACUGUGUUAUGUACACACAAUGGAAUUUUAUUCACUCAUUUAAAAAAAUGAAGUACUGAUGUAUGCUAUGUAGAGGAACCCUGAAAACAUGCUAAAUUAAAGAAGCCAGAUACAAAAGGCUUAUUAUUGUAUGAUUACAUUUAUAUGAAAUAUUUAGAAUAUGUAAAUCCAUAGAGUCAGAAUGGAGACUGGCAGUUGCCAGGGACUGGGGAAGAAGGGAUUAAAGAGUAACUCCUUAACGAGUUUGGGGUUUUCCUUUGGGGUGACGGGAAUGUUUUGGAACUAGAUAGAAGUGGUGGUUGUGCAACACUGUGAAUGUUCUGUCACUGAAUUGUUCACUUCAAAAUGGCUAAGUUUAUGUUAUGUGAAUUUCACCUCAAAAAAAAAUUUUUAGAAGGUUUCAGGUACUUGUAUGUUCCCUUAGCUAAUCUACCUCCUUCAAUUUCCCAAUCCUCUGAGCUCAGAACCACUUGGUCAUCUUCUCAGUCUCCAUUCCUAUCCUCUCUCCCGUGUUUUCCAAACUUGACCGAAAAAGAAAGCUUCAAUAAAUUGUUUCUUGAACUACAGAUGAA